GGAGACCCAGGCUCGAUGCUGAUGUUGUUGCUGGUGGCGGCUGUGACCCUGUGGCUCUGCCCGCUGGUCACCGCUCAGCCGCUCUGCCGCGCUCGCAGAGUGAGGACAGGAAAAGUAUUUCAUGUCAUGCAGGAUGUUCAAGGGGACCGCCUGUCUUUUUCAUCUACAACACCACGCUUGAUUACACAUCCUUGCGAGAAAAAUAUAGCGCUAUAUCUAGGAAAACAAGUUUUCUUCACGACAGAUAACUUUGAGACUAGUCUCCUUCCGUUUGCCAUCCCUACCUCAAUGCAGGUCGGCACACCAGAGGUGACAUCUGCACACUUCGCCGGUUCAUUAUUGCUGUUAGUGGUGGCUCAGAAAGUCUAUAUUUAUGAUUAUGAAAAUCAUUCCUGGAAUGUGACUUUCGGUAUAAGACACCCUGUUACACAUGUCUCCGGUGAUAACUGCUGUUACACUGAAACUCCGUUUCCUUUCAGGUAUAAGACACCCUGUACACAUAUCAGUAAUUUGGUUUUUGCAUAUUUUCGAGGAGAUCAGAUAUCUCAAACCUAUAUAUAUUAUUCAAAUACUGGGGGAUUCAUUUUUUGGAAGUAUCACGAUGACAGACAGGCAGAAAUCACCGGGUCUUUAGGUGGAAUCUUCCAGUUUUUCUCUUUGUCACAGGUUGGGAUGCUUGUGGUCGAUCAAGGGAAGGGCAUGUUCAAGUACUCAGACCACCCCCUGAACCGGAGUUUAGGGCUGUCGUUUGACUAUAACGGGACUCUCGACAUCCUCAUCGUCCCUGGCCAUAGAGGCAUCCUGCUGCUGUGGUUCGAGCACAGCCUGUUGUUUUCCCAUAAUGCAGGUCAGCUCGUCGACACCGUCCGGGUGAAAAAAGGAGACCAGACCUUGUUUUCUUCCAUGUUCGAAGCCAAUGUCACCAUCCACAACAUUGCCGUCAACGAAAACGAACUGGCAGUUAUAACUCGGGAGGACAAUUUGUAUUAUGGGAAUCUGGGUGUCCUGCCAAGUUCCGUAAUCAAAAUUGCAGACCAACACGUCUGGUCGGAGGCAGCGGCCCUCAUGUUCAGGAGCCCAGGGAUGGUGGAAAUACUGACCCCACUGCAGGACGCAGCCUUUCCAGCUUUUGAUUUCCAGAAGUGCCUUGUGAACAUCCAGGCGCUUCUCAUGGAUCCUGAAUUCCACAUUGGGAGGUGCACUAUAGAGUUUCUGACGGGAGAAUUUGUACACAGCAUGCAUAACAUCGACAUGAACAGCCAGCUGGAACUGACGGCUUUGCUGAUACCCCAGCCAGGUACAUCCCUGGUUCCCCUGGUAAUGGUGAGCAACCCCCACUCCCUGGGAUUCCAGGCCGCCUUCUAUGAGAGCGGUCACACGUUAGAUGGGAACACCAAGUACAAUCUGGAUAUUUACCUAAAACAGCAGCAGCACUGGGGCAGGACCGACCCCAACUUCACUUCCAGCUUAAAGAGAGCCACCAUAUCUACUUUAACUGUGGACAUAGCAAACAAGGAAAUUUCAUGUGUGGAUUUCAAGCCCCUGUCAACACUGAUUUCAGUCGGCUGUGACCUGGAUAAAAAGAUCGUCAUCCAGAACAAAAUUUCCGCCUGUUCCAAGGGCGUCCUGGAGGCUUUGACCUUACAAGACAAUUACAGCUUCAUCAUCGAGAAGCAAUUCUACGACCCCAGCUUCCAGGGGCAGCCGUCCUCCCAGGACCUGCGGGUGCCCUACUCCUACAAGCAACUGGGCUGUCCUCUCCUCGUCUACUACGACACCCCAUGGAAGCCUGUGGUGGAGCUGUGGCGAAAAGAUACUUUCCAGGAGAUUGUUGAAGCCGAGUAUGUGUUACUGGAGGUGAAUGGGCAGUUCUCCUACAGGUAUUCCCUGACGGCCAAGACGGCGCUUUGCACCUCCCAGCCACAGAACUGGACCACCAUGAUAAAGGAAUUCGGGGCACCCUUUUUCUGGAACAGAGAGAACUACGUGAGCUGCCACGACCCCAACAGGAAUGCCACUUUGAGAUGGCCAGACGUCCAGUAUCAGAUCUUGGGUGGCCGUACAGCAAACCAGAUAAUUUUCAGCCACAACAACGGCAUCUAUGUCUUCUACAUUUCUAUUGUGGACCCAUACUACAGCUACUGUAAACUGGAAACACUCUUCAGCAUCUACGUGUACGGGGCGUUCCCGAUGCCGCUGGGGUUUGCCGGGAUCAUCAUCCUGCUGUUCAUCUCCAGCAUCCUGGGGUCCGUGUGGGUGGCCUACCUGACCCCCAAGCUGCUGCGCACAAGACGAGGCCACAGGAUCAGGAGGUUUGUGGUCCAGCUGUGUGGGAGAUGCAAGACGGCCUGCGGGUGUUUUCAGUGCAGUGCCUCAGCCACAGCCGGGGUGGGCACAGAGCCCCCAGGACAUCACCCCACUCCUCAGGGAGGCAGGGCUGAGCACUGAGGCUGGUCCACAGGGUCCCGACCCCUCGUCUUAUAAAUAAAGUUUAGUGUAACCCAGCAGGAA